CGCUAAGAGCCCGUUCCCACUUAUCCGAUCAGUCUAUUUUCCCGGUCCGUCUAAAUAGACGGAUGUGCCAGUGGCAGUACAAUUUGUGAACAGCUCCAUAGGAGCUGUUCACAUUAUGACUGAUCCGGGAAUAAAGACUGAUCCGAUUUAUUUGACGGACAUUUUGCCACUGCGAUGAUCAGUCAAAACGCCCGGAUCGGAUGAGUGUGAACGAACGUUCCGUCAAGACCAUAGAUGAAUCUAUGGUCAAGACUGAAGACGAGCCCGCUCUUUCUCGCGUCGCUAGUCUCAUUAGUUGUUAGUGCUAGUGGAAAAUGGACGUGGACGCUUGCGCGUUAAUAUCGCUAGUCGAAAAUAAACCCGUAUUGUGGGAUAAAACUUUGGACGAUUACAAAUUAACUAAUCGACGAUUAGAAGCAUGGCGUGAAAUUUGCUUAAUAUUAAAUCCUGAAUUCGAGAAAUUGGACGAAAAGGAAAGAAAAAAAUAUGGAAAAUCUGUAUCUGAUAAAUGGAACAACAUUCGAGACACAUGGCGAAAAUCGAUGAAAAAUAAGAAAGAUGAAAAAAAAUCUGGAUCUGCUGCCAAAAAGUCUCGACGUUAUAUACACGAAGAACAGUUGAUGUUUUUAAAGAAGGUUUAUGAGCCAAGAUCAACCCAAGAGUCUAUUCAAAACUGCGAUGAAGGAAAUGUACAAAGUGGUCCUAGUAAUGCAACUGAGUUUCGUAAACCUUCGAUUCCCAAAAGCACGAAGAGCACAACAGACGUCGAUGAAAAGAUAUCUAAGUUCCUGGACUCUAGGAUGACACAACAAAAAGAAAAUCCAAAUUUACUUUUUUUCAAGGGUGUAUUACCCGCCGUCGAUUCUUUCACAAUGGAUGAAACUUUAGAGUUCCAAGCAGGAGUUUUAGCUCUAAUACAAAAAAUCAAAGGCCGAAAUAGAGUUGGUUUCCAAAGAUAUGAUUAUCAAACUGAAUGGCAAGAUCCAUAUCGUGGAUACCAUACACAACCUCUUCAGCAGCUGGCAGCGUUCGUACAUUCACCAUCACCAACCUCUCAGUCAUCGUAUCAUUCUCAACCAUCUCCUGCAGCGACAAGUGCAUUACAAUCUAUUCAGCAAACGACAGCGUUCGUACAUUCACCAUCACCAACCUCUCAGUCAUCGUAUCAUUCUCAACCAUCUCCUGCAGCGACAAGUGCAUUACAAUCUAUUCAGCAAACGGCAGCGUUCGUACAUUCACCAUCACCAACCUCUCAGUCAUCGUAUCAUUCUCAACAAUCUUCAGCAGCAUCAAGUGUAUCAAAUUAUGAUUUUGAGGAAUUUUAGUCAUUAUAUCUUAAUCAAGAGUACUAAAGCAAAAGCUCUCAUGUGACUGUUUUCCAUAAAAAUAUUUCAAUAAUUACA